CAAUAGCGGCGACUACGACCAUAUUCCGCGCUCUAUACGACCGUAUUAUAUCCUCUCGGUCAUGAGGGACGGCCUACGUCGGUCUACUUUGAAGAGAGGUCGGUCCUUGGAAGAGCUCAGCCCCGUAUCUUCUGCAGCCUCGGCUGGGGCGGGGAGAGUUGACGAUAUGGAAGAGGCACCUUUGAGGAAGCGGCGUAGGACCAGUAGUCUAUGCUCUGAGCACUCUGCACUGGAGGAGGCUGAGCAGCUUACAGAUGAAGGGCAGGUCCAUCUGGGGGUACCAAUACGAGAGGAUGUUGGAGGGAUGAGAAGAGACGAAGAGGAAGCUUCUUUCGAGUCGCCGCUAAGUCAGGUCACGAGACCUUCGUUCCUAGCAGUGUUGUCGUCCUCGGAGGAAGCUACUCGACCGGCAUUAGAUACUGUGAUGGAGGGAGACGAGAUUGAAGUCCACGCUGCACAAUCUUCACAUUCACAAGUGUCCGAGUCCUCGCCAUCGGUGAUGUCUCUAGGCUCCGAGACUUCGGAAGCGAGCACACCGGUUGAGGGUUCCGAAUCGGAGGAGGAGAGCGCGGGCAUUGGAGAAGCUGUCGAGGCACUUGAGGGGAACUCUGAACAGUCCUCAACGAGAUCGACUGAUGAGGAAGUGUUGAUGGAAGAAGUUGAGGUCCACGGAGGGGAGGAGCAUUCUGAGGAGGCAGAAGUGAUGGAAGACGAAUCUGGAAUGCAGGAGCUAGAUAUGGAUAAUGUAGAGUUGUUGCCCGCACAUGAGAGCGAGAUCGGGAAACCUGAUGCGACACACGAUGAAGAAUACAGUGACGGGGAGGAGGAGGUCAAAACGCCGACAGCUGAUUCCCUGUUGGAGUACAAGGCUGUUGAAGACACCAAUCUUAUUGAGUCCUCAUCCGAGUCGUUGCAGUUCUCGCCUGAUGAGGAGGUAGAGAGCCCUCUGGGCAGCGGGCCGAUCGAGUGGGAUCAUAGUCCGACCUCUUCGGGCGGACUACAAGAAUUGGAUGGACACUCUUCUCAACGGAGUCAAAGUGAGGAGCUUGAGAUACUGGGAAGUGAACAGGAUGAGGAUGAGGCGAAUAAUGAGGGAUCCACGGCUGAGGAGCAUUAUGAUCAUGGGGGAAGGGUCGAAGAGCGAAGCGGAGUCCUCGAUGAUGCUGAAGGCGAUCGAGAGGCUGUAGACGCAAUGGAACCGGCGCCGAUCCCAAUGUCUGCCACUGGCCGGCCUCUACGACGAGCAGCAAUCGCCGCAUUGGAAGAGAUACAUGCGGAAGCUGCAUCCAACACUCGGCCUCACCACUUUCACUCUUCUCCUGACGCUGUGGACUUUCAAGAUGAACACGGUCAGAUGGCUGAGGUGACUGUAGAAGUAGUCGCUAUUAUCACCUUGUAUGGCAAUGAACCCAGCGUCGGCUGGAGUGGUCCCAAUGGUGUCGAGUGA